GAUGCCUGCCUCUGGAAAUAGUCGCUACAAAGCGAUUCACCGUGCAUAUCGCGCUGACGUGAUUGUUAAGCCGCUCUUUUCUAGCUUCCCGGCGUUGUUGUUUUCCCGUCGUAAAAAAAAGAAAGAAAGCCACGGAAACGGGAAAUUUUCGCGCCAGCGACGUGCGAGCAUGAUUUUCCGCGGAAAAGGUGCGCGUGCCAGCCGGCAUCGCGCCGGAUCCGUUCUCGCGACGUGCGGUAUAUCUGUGAAAGAAUCUCAAAAGCAACAGUGAAAUUCAGUCUAGUAAACUCAUUUAGCGCGCGGUGAUGAGAUCUUUGAGAUCGGCGAUGUUAUGAAAUUAUGCGCGGCAUCGAGUUGUGCAACGAUAAUGAGAGUGCUUACCGGCUCCGCUUCAAUCUGUGUAACAUUCGCGUCUCGGUUGCGUAUCGUGAAACUCUAUCUUCAUCGCAGCUCUCGGUUUCCACUCAUCACGUCCGUCGCUAAUCGGCUUUCUACGGGAAGAGUGCCCUUCUAUGACUGAGAGAAAGUUGGGACGUAUUGCCUAAAAUGCAAACUGCCGAGUUCUAUCAAAAACAUGCGACACGACGCAGAUCUGUGAAUGCAUCAAUAACAAACGGAAGAGAUUGUGAAAUUAUUUUAUCGCUGGAUUUGCUCUUGGCAAAUCUAACAGAAUUUAACUGUUUGUUUUAUAGAAAAUGAUUUUCCACCGUUGAAACACUUUAUUUUUACUUAUUUUUAAUUACAUAUUACAAUAAUAUUUUAAUCAGUGACUCAGAUUUCUGUUUAUCGACAUGAAUAAACAUGUGCGAAGUAAGGGAAAAUAAGUAAAAAAUAUUGUUAUUCGUCAGAGACAAAUAAUAAAACUUCGCACGCAAUCAUCAAAUAUCUGGAAUGACGGUGGAAAGUCGAGUGGUCAGUCGGCAAAGUGAAUGAGAGUCGUCAGAAAAAGCAAUCACGGUUCAGUGCAAGCGGAAAGUGAAAAAUGAUUCUACAUAUAUCGUUGUGAACGGUAUUCGUGGAUAACCCGAUGAAUGAUGUGUUGGUGAUCGAAUUUCACGCCGCCACCUCGAACCGGCUUAUUAUGACAGUCGAGUGGCGUUUUAUUCAUAUAUUAUUCGCGGCGAUAAAUAUCAAUACAUCGAUAAUCGACUGCGCUCACUCGACCGCUCUGGACCCGUGUCGGACAUGUGCUCGUUAAUCGCUGAGACGGAUAAAUGAAGGAAGAGAGACGCAUCAAGAAGGUGAAUACAUUCCGCAGCGUCGCACCAAUCCCGCCGCGCAGCCCUCGAGUCGGCUCGACGCGCGCCACAAAGAAAGGAUCCGCCGAAAAAGCCGGACCGCGCCGCACACACCGUUCAAACAGCGGGCCAUACUUUCACUCCGUCUUGUUCCGCACCACGUCGACACGGUGUGGACCCUCGCCGCGACGCGAAGAGAGGAGAGCGGCUCGCGCGAGAAGGGAGACUCGCGAGGCAGAAGGAGAAACGCGAGAAAAGGAAAUACGCACGCACGCACACGCGAAACGAAAACGUUGGGCCGCACUUGCGAGUCCGGGCAGGAGGUUUAGUGACCUCGACGUGUCGCCGUCGUCCUAAAGAGAAGCAGAAGGAGUAAGACGACGACGACGACGACGACGACGACGACGACGACUACGACGACUACGACUACGACGACGACAACGGCGACGUGCGCGAGCGCUAGCGGCGACGACGUCGAGCGCGACGAGACGACGAGGAGUGGUCGAGAAGAAGAAGAGCAAAUUGGUGCUCCCGGUAGCAGGGGCUCAUGAGCGUCGUGGAGGAAACGCGCAGCGCGUCGAGGCGAAGUAGGCACGGCACGCGCGGCGGCGGCGGCUCGGCCACCGGUGCCGAUUGGUCCGGUAUGGGCGCGCGGGGCCCGGCCCAGCCGGCUCCCGCUGCUGCGUCGGCCGCCUCAUCAGCCGCCUCCACCAGGCCCCAGGACAUCGCGACGGGCCCGACCAGACGCCAGUCCUCGCGCGAGAGCGCCGACUCCGCCGGCCAGCACACCCCACCUGAUCACGCGGACCUCCUCUUCAAGGUGAUGCUACUUGGAGAUAGUGGCGUUGGGAAAACUUGUCUUCUGACGCGUUUCCGCGACGGCCGCUUCCUGUCGGGAAAUUACAUAACGACUGUCGGCAUUGACUUCAGGAACAAAGUUGUCACUGUCGACGACACGCCGAUCAAGCUGCAGAUAUGGGACACAGCCGGCCAAGAGAGGUUUCGAAGCGUGACGCAUGCUUACUACCGAGACGCACAUGCGCUUUUGCUGCUGUACGAUGUGACGAAUAAGACGAGUUACGACAAUAUCAGAGCUUGGCUGAGCGAAAUCCGGGAACAUGCAAACGAGGAUGUCGUCAUCAUGUUGUUAGGUAACAAGUCCGACUGCGGGACGGAGCGUAUCGUUAAGAGGGAAGACGGCGAACGAUUAGCGCAUGAGUACAAAGUGCCGUUCAUGGAAACGUCUGCCAAGACUGGCCUCAAUGUUGAACUGGCAUUUCUCGCCGUUGCUCGGGAACUGAAGGCCAGGAAAAGCGAUAAUCCUGACGAGACAAAAUUCAACGUUCAGGACUAUGUGCGUCAGCAGUCGCAGCGAAGCUCUUGCUUCAACUCCAUCUGCUUGACAACCUGAAUCGCUUUUUUUACGUUAAGCUUAAGAAGAUAUGUUAAACUGAAACUACAUUUCAUGGUCGCAUGAGAUACGGCGCGGAAUUUCCAUCGCGAGCCAAGGGUUUAUUUGAUUUUUGGUAAGAUCAUCGGUAUAUAUUUGUGCGAAAGGGAAUAAACUUUAUACUCGAUUCGUCUGUAGUGACAUCGCGAAUAAACUCAGGCAGAUUGAUCCAAAUUCAUCAAAGCGAAUCGGCGCAUCGGGUAGAAUAGAUAGCAUUGAACUUUUCAGAAGAUGCGAGGCGUCUCUUUCGACAGUAGGUUACGCAUUAGGGACACAAUGUCGAAGAUCGACGGCACGAAACCAAUCACACUCUUAAAAAAAUCAGAGUCAGCAGAUUUUUUUUUUUUUUUAUGCAAUAUAUUAGAUAGGACGCGUGGAGUUCUCGUUAAACGUAAACGAUGUGCCGAUGAUCACUCGCAUAAGCUGUAUAUUAAUGUGAAUAGUUCUAAGAGGAUUCUAAGAGGAUAGAGAAUCUCAGGAUACCUCCGUAGAGAGGUGUAAACUUCUAGCUCGAUGGUUCUAAUUUCGCGUACGCGCAUAUUUGCAUAUACUAGGUGCGCAACUAAGUUUCCGGGUUUCACACAUGGAUGGCGCUAACGAUACAUGUAGUUGAUAUACAUGUCUAAAGUUGUGUUUUUUUAUUAACUUGGACAUCUGUCAGCAAUAACCAGUCAUAAUACCAACACAUCGCAACGCAAAAAUAUUUUUUCUAACGAUAAAGAUGUCGAGUUUUGUGCCAAAUAAACAGCAUUUGCGGGAAGCUUUGCUUUUCUGCUUCAACUUGAAAGAAAAUGCAGCUGAAGCACGUCGUUUGCUUGAGAAAGCCUACGGCGAACACCAUCGAAAACUAUCUGUGAAGAUUGGUUUAAACGCUUCAGAAGUGGCGAUUUCGACACUGAGGAGCGCUCCGGAAGACCAAAAACAUUUGAGGACGCCGAUCUGCAAGCGUUAUUGGAUGAAGAUGAUACGCAAACACAAGAUCAACUUGCGGAGGCAUUAAACAUGACUCGCCAAGGUAUUUCCAAACGUUUACAUGCCAUGGAAAUAAUUCAAAAAGAAGGAAAAUGGGUGCCGCAUGAGUUAACUGAGAGACAGAUGGAAAAUCGAACGAGUGCCAUUGCACUUCCAUCGUCCAGGACACCAUCAAAACGCUGAAAUGGGAUCUGCUACCGCACCCGCCGUAUUCACCAGACCUGGCCCCUUACGAUUAUCACUUGUUCCGGUCGAUGGCGCAUGGCUUGGCUGGGCUACACUUGGCCAAUUUCGAAGAAGUGCAAAACUGGUUGGAUGAAUGGUUUCGAUUCAAAGACGCGUCGUUUUAUCGUCGCGGUAUUCAUGUAUUGCCAGAGAGAUGGCAAAAAUGUGUAGCUAGCGAGGAACGAUACUUUGAAUAAACCGUUUUUUGUAUUUCUCUUGAAAUUUUCCAUUUUGCAUUGAUAAAAAAAACCCGGAAACUUAGUUGCACGCCUAGUAUAUAUCGUUAAGCGUUCAAGCUACGGUCAUGAAACAAUUGUAAGUGUAAAUUGUAACGUUGGUCGUCGUACGCCUGGCUCUGUACGUCUCUAAUCGUCUGUUACGUUGCGCUAUUAGCGUCGCUAUUUGCAUAAAGGAGCGUAAUCUUCGAUUUGCAUACAAUAUGCUUGUUACAAGUUGUACGUGUAGCGCGCACGGCAUGCGGCGCGGUUUUCUUUCUCUCUAUCGCGAUGCCUGCCUGCGCAAGCGAACGAAAUGCCAAUACAAGCUCAUUCAACGUACCAAGUAGUUGUGUAGUAUCGAAAGGAAGAAGUUGCGUCUCGCGGCAGAAAGAAUCGAGAAACAAUUCGUAGCUGCCAUCUAACGAAGCAGCGUGCAAUCGCACUUGAGUUUUCCGAAGAGGAAAUGUCUGCCUCUUUUUUUUCUUCUUUCUUUGUAGUUGACAAGUGCAUGUACAUUUCGUGAUCGUUAAUAGGCGCAUGUGCGUGUUUUGUAACAAACGAUUGAAAGAUACUGAUAUUUAUCGAGAUAUUGACGCCGAUUGGCCGAGGAAACUGGUUAUCUGUAUGUAAUAGAAAAAUCUAUGAAUGAAUUUUAUCGAUCGUUAUCGAGUCAGAGUUCUAAGCGAAGUUGGAGACCGCUUUUGAAGAGUCAAUAAAAACUUAUAGCACUAUUUAAAUAAAGUUCUAUCAACGUUACCGUGAAGGAUUAAUCACAAAAAUAACAUUUUUGUAAAUUUUCAUUUUGUAAUAGAAUUAAUAGAAGUGCACUGGAGCGCGCGUAUACGUGCGCAAACAUUAAUUUUAUAGCAAACGAAAAUUGGGAAAGAAUUUAUGGUUGGCUUCGGCGGAAGAUCGAAGGAAUAUAUUGCGUAUGUUACAUCCUGGUGUAUAUGAUGUGCAAUCUGUCUUACCUGCAGUGUACAAAUGACAAUUUCCUGUAUCAAAUAUAUAUCAGAAGACAUAUAUGAAAUAAAAAUAUCAACCAA